UGAUUCUCCGGUGACUCCAGCAGGUAAAGGUGCGCGCUGGCCGCUUUAUUUGCCCUCCAGAGAGACAGAGAGCCGCGAUGGCCGAGUCUCAGCUCAUCUGCCUGGACGAUGAACACGUCAACGCGAAGGUCCCCGAGUCCAAGCCGGAGUUCUACUACAGCGAGGAGCAGCGGGCAGCGCUGGAGAGCCUGCUGAGAGACGGAGACGGAGCCUUCAAAAUGCGCCUGAGAGCGGACAACGUUAAGGACUUCCUCUCCGCCCGGGAGGUCAGAUGGAUACGCGACACUUUCCGGGAGUACGAGGGCGCCGGCGGCGGGGGGGACUCGGAGUCCUGCGGCUCGCACUCGCCCCGAGACCCGAGCGCGGACUCCGGAGUCCACUCGACCUACUGGCCCACCAUGUCUGACACUGAGGUCCCCCCACUGGACAUCGGCUGGCCGAGCAGUGGCUUUUACCGAGGGGUCACUCGGGUUUCCGUGUACUCGCACCCCCCUAAAGAGAACAGCCCACACAUCAAAGAAGUAGUGCGCAGACUCAUACAGGAAUCAACCAAGGUGGUGGCCGUGGUUAUGGACCUCCUGACUGACCUGCUGAUCCUGCAGGACCUGCUGGAUGCUGCCAGUAAGCGCGGAGUGGCCGUUUACCUGCUGUUGGAGGAGCAAGGUCUGCCGCACUUCCUGGACAUGUGCAGUCGCCUGCAGAUCUCUGCCCAGCACCUACGGAACCUGCGGGUACGGACAGUGAGGGGCUCUGGUUUGGCUCUGUCGAUGGGAAGGCUUCCAGGAGCCCUGUGCUCUAAGUACAUGCUAGUUGAUGGAGAAAAGGUCAUGUUUGGAUCAUAUAGCUUUACAUGGACUUCAUCCCGGGUGAACCGUAACACUGUCACGGUCAUGUCAGGCCAGGUCGUGGAAUACUUUGACAAUGACUUCAGAGAGCUGUAUGCAGUGUCCGAUAAAGUGGACCUGUACUAUGAGUUCCACAUUACUAAACCCCCGAUGCCUGCUCCAGGGAUAAAAGCCCCAGCUGCUCCCAGGCAACCUGCACUGCCCGUAUCCAGCUCUCGCUUCCAAGUCUCUCUGGGAGACUCCAAACAAGUCAACCUGAAGGUUCCUGCACACAAAUACCACAAUCCUAAGUAUGCUCUUGUAGUGGGCAACAGUCUUGGAAUCACAGGAUCUCUGCAAGAUCUCUCCAAGCUUAAGGACUAUGUUGGACAGAACCAUAUGGAGAAGUUACUCCACACCAGUGGGGGCAGUAAUGAGCGUGUGGAAAGCAAACCCCCGCAAUCACCUGUAUCCCUUAAGGAGACAGAUGAGAAUAAAGGAGAAAUAAAGAAUCCUUUGCCUUUUGGUUUGAAAAAACAGCGUAGCUCUUUCCGGCUUUUCCUCAAAGGCAGGUCACCCAGUCAAAGCCCAGACUUAAGGACAGCAAAUGAUAGUACUGAUUCUAAAAUGACCAAUCACAGCCCACCAAAACCUGUCAAAGACUUGGCCAAUGCUUCUAAAGAAGCCAAUCAUUCUAAGGAGGCAAGUCAUUCUAAGGCGGUGCCUUCAAGGAUGGCCAGUCAUGCUAAAGAUCCUCCAAAGCUCGCUAACCAUGCUAAGGAAGUGCCUUCAAAGAUCGCUAACCAUGCUAAGGAAGUGCCUCCAAAGAUUGCUGAUCAUGCUAAGGAAGUGCCUUCAAGGAUUGCGAGUCAUGCUAAGGAAGUGCCUCCAAAGAUCGCUAACCAUGCUAAGGAAGUGCCUCCAACGAUUGCUGAUCAUGCUAAGGAAGUGCCUUCAAGGAUUGUGAGUCAUGCUAAGGAAGUGCCUCCAAAGAUCGCUGAUCAUGCAAAGGAAGUGCCUCCAAAGAUCGCUACCCAGGCUAAAGAAGUGCCUCCAAAGAUUGCUACCCAGGCUAAAGAAGUGCCUCCUAGGAUCGCUACCCAUGCUAAGGAAGCAUCACCUGAGGACGCGUCCAAACACACACAGACUCCCUCUCCUUUACUUGAAGUCUCAGAGAGCGACAGCAUGGCCGAACUGGACGACACAUUCGUGAUUAUAGAAAAACCAAAUGUGCUGAAGUUCAAAAACAAGUCAAAGUCGUCCAAACUAGGCCAAAGAAGCAUGUCCCUGCAGACCAUCAGCACAGGCGAGGAGGACGGCUCCAGAGGGCGAAGGCGGAACCAGAAGAAGACUUGCAUUCAGUCAUGAGCGAACAAACCCACAGUAGAAGGUAGAAAUAUGAAGAAUCUUAGCAUCUUCCGAGAAUUAGACACAAGGCCAGCUUGGACAGCUCGAGAAAACGGGCGAUUUUGCACCGCUUGCGCAGAAAGCAAAGCAGAACGUUUUGUAGGACUGUCAGUUUUUUGCCUGUGCCUGCAAGAUAACAUCAGUGGAGUCAGUAAUUUGACAUGACUUUUCACUUCCGUAAUGCCUCCUAUCCCCUUCAGUAUUGAAAAUCAGAACACUCACGUUGGUGAGUCUGAAAUAUGAAAUGUGAAAUGUUAAACGUUAAAUGGGUUUGGAGCUGAAGAAGCUUCCCUACAGAACGUUUGAAAGCUGAAGUCAUGGCUUGGUGUUCAUACGAGGAGUCGUAACCUUCUUAAGAAUGGCACGGGGAAAGGCCCGACAUGUGAAUCGUCAGCUUUCCGUUUUGAAGCGAAUGUGACAGAAAUGUUCUUCCUCUGGUUCUUCACGCCAAUGUCAUUCUCCGGUUUCUAGAACAUGCCCAUAUGGAUCCAGUACAGUGUGGUGAAGCAAAGCACACGUCAUGUGUGGAUAUUUAGUGCCACUGGUUGCUUUUACUGUAGUGAAGAAGCACUUAGAAUGUUCUUUUUUGUCAUUUAGUAACUACAGUCACUGGCCAUUUUAUUAGAAACACCUGGAAAUUUUUGGGUGAUGGACCUCUCUCAACCUAGCACUAACACCCUCAUCCCAGCUCCACACAACUGCACAUGAUAACAGAUGCACUUCAGUCUAGCUGUAUGUCUAUAUAGUGGACCUAUAAGUUAGGUGGAGCUCAUAAAAUGACCCCUUGAUAAUAGCAGAUGAUCCGUGUAAUGUCAAUGUGCAGAUAGUUAUAUUUAAAAUGUGUUUUGACUGUUUUUAUAAUUUUGUACUGAGGACAAUUAAAAUGACUUUUUAAGGCCUA